CCUUAUCAUAACGGCGCUCACCAGCAAGAUCUCCAAUAUUCCAUGAAAUAUUUUAUGAGCGGCAGCAAGUUUAUCUCGUCUCCUAAAAAAGCUGGUAAAUCUCACCUAGUCAUCGAAUGGACAAGCCAACAUGGUUGUGGUCAUGGAGACCUCGAUUGUAACGUUGUGUUGCAGUAUAUGUGUCAGAACGAUCAGUUCGAAAGCUUCGAUAGGCGUAAAGCCAGCAUUGACACGAUUCGCAAUGGUAAAACUGAGGGAACGAUACCCUAUAGAGCACAUUCAGAUGGAUUUUUGGGGAACCCGGAAAAUAAAAAGAAUGUGAAAAAACAGGCUUCCAGACUCGAGUUUGGAAUGCAUGAACCCUGGGAAUGGUACGAUAAAUGUUAUCGAAGGCCACGGAAUAAAGGUUUGUUUACAGCAGAUCAAAAUGUAAAAGACGACCAAGGAAGUACAGCGACUAGACAAGAUCCGAACGGUGGUAACGCCGGCCGUAAUGGCUACGAAUGUCCAGAAGAACGCGAUUAUUUUCCCUACUGGCAUCCGAGCGAUUGGAAAGAUAUAGCUGUUUAUGUUACCAACAAAGAGCAUUGUGAUUUUUACAAGCAUUUUAGUUUUAAUCGACACCCAAAAGGAGAAUGUCUGGAGAAGUAUAACGGCGGCGAAAAGUUCAAACAUUAUUCAAGAUACAAUAAUCCCACUGACUGCAAAGCAAAUGGAAAAGAUUGGAUCGUUUUCCGCAGUUUCAUUGAUAUAAAAGACGAAUACAAAAAUAAGGCGAGUUGUGAGCAAGCGACGACGAAGGAUGUCCCGCUUGUUUGGGGCGUUCCGUACAAAUCCGAACUCGUAGAUAGUCUUGAAUUAGACCCAGUUACCAAGAAACCCAAAGAGUUCUGUCUGGUUCAACCACCUGAGCUUGACUGUAAAGUGUCCCCUGUCUCGCGUCCAAAUCACCUUGGCAACGUCGUGGAUUCGUACGCCAUGAACUACACUUGGAUUAUUCCGUAUUUUCCUUCACAAAACCAGAAACGUUGUGUAGUCCGAAUAAGAUACAACAUCUCCACGUAUGAUUACGAUGGGAAUAAGACCUUCAGCGAUAAAAAUGGGGCCCAAAAUUCACCUGUGACAAAUGACCCUAAGGUCGCGUUCAAAAAUGAUUUGGGAAACGACUUCGACUUGCAGUUGGCAGUCAAUACCGCUCAAUUCGGCAGAACUUUUCAAGACAGAAGCCAUGUUAUGAUCUUGAUGGCACGAACAAACAAGAUAUCGGACGAUGUCGCAGUGUAUAAUCUUAAUGUCCGUGGCAAACGAGGAAAUAUUGUUCAGGUUUACCCUGCCGUGGAGUAUGAUUUUGUUCCGAAGUCUCUCUAUGUCACCAGUGACGAUAUAGUUCACAUUCAAUGGACAGGCUCAACACGAAAUCCUGGGAAUAAUGACGGUGAGGGAAGAGCGGGUACUGAUAAGAAUAACAUGGUCGAAAUUGAUGAUUCGGGAACGAAUGUGAAAUUUAAGGAAAACAGCCAAAUGAUUCGCAGUGCAACGUUGAAGUGGACGCCGGACAUUCAACUGAAAACUAUGGAAGACGUCGCUGUGGCUCUCGCAACGUCGGGAUUUGAUUUCACUGGAGGAAAAAAUAAUAGAUUAGGUGUAUCCGAGAACCGAAGACUAAACUUUCAAAAUCAACUUGAUAACUCGCCUGCUUCCUUCGGGACUGCCCUAUCCUUCGCGCCAGGCUCCUAUAAAUACAUGUGCACGAGGAAUAACAACUUCAGCAAUCGUAAUCAAAAAGGAACGAUCAUAGUCACGGCCGAAUCGCUUCGCUAAGUCCAAGCACAUUCUCACCAAGUAUGCAAUUGCACUUUUAUGUAUGGCAUCAAUGUACUGGAAUGGCACAAGUUUAGCUGCUAUAGUAGUAAUUUAAAAAAAACGAAAUAUAUCACGUUUUGAAU